UUCCCCUUUUUGCAUUUCCCCCCUUAAUUAUUUCUGUAUUCUUUUCUCUAUACAUUUCUGUCCUCCAGCUGAGUCUCUUUGAGAGUCGAGGUGAAAUAUCAACACGUUGGGGGUUGGGGUUUUAUUGUGAAAUAUUGGACCAGAAGUUGUGCUUGUCUUCACUCCCUGGUGUGUGUGGACUUGUCCUGACUGUAUAUAAAUAAACCAUCAUCAGACAGCCGGCAGACUGACUGGAUGCUGCUGCUCUCCAGAGGAGUCAGAGAGUCAGAGAGUUAGAGAGAGGAUCAGAGGACCAGUUGAAGCUGAAACCACACCGGAAUAUAUUUACACAUGUUUGAGUCACCGGGACCGGACCGGACCAGACCGGACCGGGACUGACUGCUGAUAUACUCUUCUAACAGAGGAAGAGUUGAUCUGUGGAGGAUUAAAAUCUGCUCCUGUCGGGAUGACUGAUGACCGAUGAACACAAGGACAUUCCCUACUGACGGCAAUGAUGGAGAACGAGACGUGGCCGCACCCUUUGUACGUCCCCCAUUACCUCCUCCGCGACGACCCCUUCGCCUCGAGGCUCUCCAGAGAGGCGGACAUCGUCGCGGCUUGUUACAUCUGCAUCAUAGGAAUCAUGUCUGCAACAGGGAAUGGCUAUGUCAUUUAUAUGACCAUCAAACGCAAGACCAAGUUGAAGCCUCCUGAGCUCAUGACCGUUAAUCUAGCCAUCUUCGACUUUGGCAUAUCAGUGACGGGAAAGCCCUUCUUCGUCGUAUCUUGUUUCGCCCACCGCUGGUUGUUCGGCUGGGAGGGCUGUCGUUUCUACGGCUGGGCAGGCUUCUUCUUUGGUUGUGGGAGCCUCAUCACGAUGACCGUGGUCAGUCUGGACCGGUACCUCAAGAUCUGCCAUCUCAGUUACGGCACAUGGCUAAAACGCCACCACGCCUUCCUGUGCCUGGUCUUCGUGUGGGUGUAUGCGGCGUUCUGGGCCACCAUGCCCCUGGUCGGCUGGGGGAACUACGCCCCGGAGCCCUUCGGGACCUCCUGCACAUUGGACUGGUGGCUGGCGCAGGCCUCCGUGUCGGGCCAGUGCUUCGUCAUGGCCAUCCUGUUCUUCUGUCUCGUCCUCCCCACGGGCAUCAUCGUCUUCUCCUACGUCAUGAUCAUCUUCAAGGUCAAGUCCUCCGCGAAGGAGAUAUCGCACUUUGACGCCCGCAUCAAAAACAGCCACAACCUUGAGAUGAAACUGACAAAGGUGGCAAUGCUGAUCUGCGCCGGCUUCCUGAUUGCAUGGAUCCCUUACGCGGUGGUGUCAGUGGUGUCGGCGUUCGGCGAACCGGACUCGGUGCCCAUCCCCGUGUCGGUCAUUCCCACGCUGCUGGCCAAGUCCUCAGCCAUGUACAACCCCAUCAUCUACCAGGUCUUGGACUUGAAGAAUUCCUGCGCAAAGUCCUCCUGUUUUAAGUCCCUGAAGAAACGCAGGCCUUUUAGAAAGUCGAGGUUCUACGCCAUCUCCGGCUCGUUAAAGGACACUCCGCCAGCCAAAGAAGCUCACAUCGAGAGAUGAAGCCCCUGAACUCUGCAAGUUCAUCAAGAAUCAGACAGUAACAACUCAAUACUCCAACGUCACCAUUGGACUAUUCUGCACUUCGGAUUAUGUCCAAUGACGUUUCUUUCUUACGUCCUGUGUCAACGUUUUUAAAAUUCUUCCUUUUCUGCAAUAUCUGCAUAUUAUGGAACUAUGGUAUGGUUAAGAUAAGGGAAAGUCAUGAAUCACAAUCAGUUAAGAUGUGGCUAGAGUAAAAGCGUUUGGUAUGCUGCUCGACAGAUGGUCGGCAAUUUUCAACAAUUUCUUUAACUUUCUGAAGCUGACAAUCCAAUGAUUUAUUCUUUACUGUUUCUGUCACUUUUCAUGUGCACACUUGAUCGCAACUCUAUGAACGUCUUCCAGGAGAGACCGAAGUUUGGCAACUACCAUAUACAAAGUACUUAUAAAUAUAUAUACAUUUUAGGGCUGUCACAAAAUUAACGCGAUAACGCGUUCAUUCGUUUUUAACGCCGCUAAUUUCUUUAACACAAUUUUAAAUUUUUAGCGGGCUCAGUUUUAAAGUGAAGAUUCCAAUACAUACAUAUCCAUAAACCAACAGUGAAGAUAUCGAUUAAAAGCCCUAUAUAUAUAUAUAUAUAUAUAUAUAUAUGGCUAUAUAUACAGAUACCACCCCUCGUGGGGUGGUAUCUGUGUCUUCCUCAAGCUCGGCUCCUCUACCAUUGGAGUUUGAAAGGGUUCUGUGCAGUAUCUUAGCUGUUCCUAGGACUGCGCUCUUCUGGACUGAGGCUUAAGAUGUCGUUCCUGGAAUCUGCUGGAGCCACUCUCCCAGUUUGGGGGUCACGUCGGCUUUGACCUUCCACAUUUGUUCCAGCUGUUCUUUCAACCCUUGAUACUUCUCAACCUUUUCAUGUUCCUUCUUCCUGAUGUUGCUGUCAGCUGGUAUCACCACAUCUAUCACCACUGCCCUCUUCUGCUGUUCGUCAACCACCAAUAUGUCCAGGUUGGUUAGCCAGCAGCUGCUUGUCAGUCUGGAACCUGAAGUCCCACAGGACCUUAGCCCCUGUUGUUCUCAACCACCUUCGGGUGGUAUGUCCCAUUGGGAUUUGGGUACUUCUAGUCCGUACUGGGUACAGAUGUUCCUGUGCACUAUCCCAGCCACUUGGUUGUGCCUCUCCAUGUACACUGAUCCAGCUUGCAUCUUACACCCUGCUACUAUGUGCUGGACGUCUCAGGGGCAUCUUUGCACAGCCUGCACCUUGGGUCUGAUCUGCUAUGGUAGAUCCUGGUCUGAUCUGCUUUGGUAGAUCCUGCCCUCUAUGGCCCUUGUGCUUAGGGUCUGUUCUUGUCCUGCCAUGAUUAGUGCUUCUGUGCUGUCUGCCAGUCCAGCGUUUUCCAGCCAUUGGUAGGUCUUCUUGAUAUCAGCCACUUCCUCUAUCUGAUGGUGGUACAUGCCAUGUAGGGGCUUGUCCUUCCAUGUUGUCUGCUCCUCUUCCUCUUCACUAUCAUCAGGUUUCUGCUGUCUUAGGUAUUCACUUAGCGGCUCAUCAUCUGGGGCCAUCUUCUUGAUGUACUCCUGGAUUUUCGAUGUUUCAUCCUGGACAGUGGCUCCGACGCUCGCUACUCCUCAGCCUCCCUCUUUCCGCUUAUUAUAUAUAUAUAUAUAUAUAUU